CACACUGUUUGACGGUGAUGAGAAGUUGCGGCAGUGGGAAAUGGACGGAAUGAAACCGGGUUUUAAUCACCGCGCAUCUGGCUCUCCGAGUGCGCGCAGUUUACGUCUGACAUGAGUUCGGACUGCGAGAGUUACUACACCGAAGAAAACGUGCUCGUGGAGAACUUCACGUGUCCGAAAGCGGACGGUGACACCACGGCACUCUACUGCUGCGGGUUCAGUGACUUGAAGUACUGCUGCGCUGACCCCAACAGCUUUUUCCCUUACGAAUAUGGAUACAUGUGGUGGCUGAGUCUCGGAGCCCUCAUGGGUCUCUCAAUAGCAGCUGUGGUUCUUCUCGCCUUCAUCAUCACUCUGUGUGUCCUCUGCUAUCUGUUCAUCACCACCAAACCCAGAGGUCUGGACAAUGGACUGCCGCUGCGAGCACCAGGUUCUACAUCUAGCCCACAAGCACCAGGGCCCAGUAACAGCAGUGUCCCACCUGGUCCCCAAGGCCUCAGGAAACAUUUCCUGAGAGGCAGGCUGGACUGUGACAACCAACCCCCGGACCCUGACCGCCUUUUCCAACGUUGUUUCUUGGCUACGGUUACGUCUGUCAAAGUGGAGGGUCCUGCUUAGCCAGAGUUAUUUCUUGGUGUUUCUUGGCCGCCUACCUGUCACCACUCCACUAUAGUUUUCUGCAUUAUAACAAUCCAGGCUGAGCUGAAGUUUGAUCUCCACAUAGUUACAUUUUGUCAUGUUUGAUUCAACAGAACACAAAUGCAAACAUUUCUGUUUGAGCCCUGAGACAAAUUUUUCCUGCUUUAGAAAAAGAACAAACUGAAAAGGUUUCAGCUGAUUAAAAAUGUAGCCAAAGAUGCAAAUGUGAUUUUGAUGGCGCAACCUUUUGCAUGUAUUACUUUUAGUUUGAAGAGUCACAACUAUUAUUUGUUGCACUGAAACCCAGAAGUUAUUGUUCCACUUAAUCAACAGAGACAGCAAAACCUCUGAUUGGAAAUCAUUAUUUUGCUGCCUGUCCCAAAAGGCUGCUUGGAGGAAUACAACUAAACAGUACAAUUACAGGCUGCUACUUUAUGGAUAGUUGAAUAUUUGUAUGCUGGAAAAUCACCAGCAGUGAGUAUUCAAAAGAAUAUAUUUACUGAAAAAUGUUGAUUGCACAUUAUUUAAAAUCCACAGUUUGAAAUGGCUUUAGAUGGAUGAGCUUACUUCUAAAAAAUUUCUUUAAAUGAUAAGUAACCCCAACAUGGACCUUGAGGGGAGAAAAAACAAACAAACUCAUUGACUCAUUCAAAUAACGGGGGGUUUGGGGUGGGGGCGAGGGGCGCACUGAGUUUGCCCACAUGCUGUGUGUUUGAUUUAUUUGAGCCAUUUCUUCUCAUUUAACACGGUGGCUCUAAACACAGUGAGCACAGGUGAAGAGACAGUCAAUAAAGAGAGGGUUGAACUCUGAGUUAAAAUGAACCCGAAGCAUCUCACUGCUACCGAAUCCUGUCGGCCUUCUUUUUUUUUACACAUUUUAGACAUUUUUUAUUUGUAAGUCCUUUUAAGCAUGUGACAGGUAACAUUACUGGCUUUGUCAAUCUCUUAAAAUGGUUUUUGUCUUUCACACAUGGGUUACUUUUAUGCCAAUUUCUCUCAUGGAACAUUGACACAUAACACUCACGACCCCGGCUAUGAGAGCUAAAGUACAUGUGCAAUUCUUGCCAAACAGUACGUUCAAAAAAACUGUUGCACUUUUGCCAGUCAGCAUUGUGUUUGUUUACUGUAGUGAAGCGUAACCAUUACAACCACCACACUUGUCACCCAGCAUUGUCACUAAAGAAUGGCUGGGUGCGUAUAUGUUUGUGCAGUGCAGCAGCAAUGGCUAGCUGCUCCUGCCACUCCCAAUCAGGCCUUCAUAAAGACAGAGCUCUUUCAAAGAAAAAAAUAUAUAAUUUUUAUUGCAAAUGAGAAAUUCCGUUUUUUGUUUGGCCUUUUUCUCCUUUUUUGUUCAAUGAUAGUGGACCAAGUUUAUUUAAAAAUAGGACAAAUCUAAGUGAUAGGAAGUCCUAAAUAAAUGAUAAAAUAAUGGCGACAAGGAAAGAACCAAAGCGAGAUGACAAUGACUGAAGGAAACACACAGACUAAAUGCACAAAAAGGAAAGUGACAAUAAGACACAGGUGAAGUGAAUCAAGACAGCUGAAAGAGAUGCAAAUAAUUUGCACAAAGAAACAAAGAACAGAAAAAGAGAACUGCAGGACAGCAAAGCGAGGAAAAAAUAAGAUGUUGUAACAAAAACCAACAACCAUGACAGAUUAACAUUUGUGAUUUUAAAGGAAAUGUCUACAAAACUCCAAGAUCGAUCACCAGUAUCAGGUCAAAUGUUCACUCUGGGGGCUACAUUGGUUUGUUUUGUAUGCAUAUAUUUAGCGCUGUUUAACAAGCCAAACUAAAACAGUUGGUGAUCAUUAUUCUUUCUUAGCAACUACACCUUAGCGUUGUCAUUGUGAGCAUGUUACAGUAGUAUUAGCACCUGUCUCACAACAAUGCUGUGCCUUAAAUUCGGGCUCACAGAGCUGUUAGCAUGGCUGCAGUCUCUUACUUUGUGUUGUACGAGAAACUAUAGCCAUCCAUGCAGACCUGAAGUACUGGAGUAUAAAGUAGGCACCAUGCAUGUGGUUGAUACUGGCACUCCAGCUCGAAUGGCAGCAGUUUGUCUCUGGAAACUGCCACUGCAGAGCAGAGCAGAGCAAGGGUGUGUUAAAACUGCAUUUAAAGCAGUCCAACUGUACAUUGUGCUUUGUUCAGCAACCACCAAAUGAAAAGAAAGCUACAGAUUUUGCUUUGUUUUUAUGUGCCUUUUUGGUUUGCUGUUUUUAUUUGUUUUCAAUCCAAAACAUUUGAAUUAUGUGAUUUGACUUUGUAAUUUCAGUGUUUUUGAGUCAGCUGUAGGAAUGAAAACUAGGUCUGGCCACACUUUAAUCCAUCAGUGUUGUUGUGCUUUGCUGAGUGUGAAAAGAAUCUGGAGGAAUUUCAAACCCACUUGUAUAUCUCCCGUUCACAUUAUGGAACAGUUUGUGUUUACUUUGCAAAGAAAGAAAGAAAGAAAGAAAGAAAGAAAGAAAGAAAGAAAGAAAGAAAGAAAGAAAGAAAAAUAAAUCAGCUUUAUGUUGUAGUUGUGGGUUUUCAUGUUAAUGCAACUGCUCAGUUUAUUUAAAUGAUAGGUGUCAGGCUUAUUAAUGACCUACAUGAAUUACAAUAAAUCGUUCUUAUUGUUGAAAUGUACUUACAGAAAAAUGUUUGGCAGCUCAAGUGCCUAUUACUGAUAAAUAAGU